UCUGCGGCGGCGUGAGGAGACGUUUAAAGAUGGCGGCGUCCGCGCGAAGGCGGCUUCGCUGAGGCGGAGAGAAAAAAACCGCGGCUUGAGGAGGCGAGAAGGCGGCCGCUUUCCUUCCCUCACACGCCGGUUCGGAGCUAGGCGGACGCGGAAGAGACCCCAGAGGAGCAGCUGAGACCGGGCGGGCAUGGCUCAGGCUGAAAAAAGUCAAGAAGAUCUACGACAGCCAACAGAAGAAGCUCUUAACUCGGACAUCAGCUAUUUAAGCUGAAUGCAUUGUGAUUUCCAGUAAUUGAGACAGUGAUUCUGAAAGCUGUCCACAUUAAUGAAAAGAGCAAUGUAGUCAGCUUAACUGAAUCAUCAGUGUUGCCUUUUGAGUAAAGCACGACCAAUCCUCUCUGGAGGGAUUUCUGCAUGUGAGGAUCAUAGAUUCCUACAACCCUUUUGUUUAAAACUUGGUGGGUUUAUUAUUUCUUUUUCCCCUUCCCCUUUGGGUAAGUUUUAGCGAUGGAGAAUUGUGAAAACACACCUCCCCUUCCAAAAGAGCCAGCCAGCACUGAAGUGAACAUGGAGAACCCUUCUUGUCCCCCACCACUGCCUCCCAACGAACAGCCUCCACCACCUCCCCUGCAAACGUCCAGUGACGCAGAGGUAAUGGACGUUAGCUCUGGUGGUGAUGGACAGUCAGAUACCCCCGCUGGGGACGCCCACGCUGGCAACGGGACGCAGCUCCUCACCAAGGGAUCUUCGUGCUACCAAAGUCGUCUUAUCAUAGAUCCGUAUAGCGACCAAAGCCCAAGAACUGCUCGCCACGCGCCCUCGGUUAGGAAGUUCAUUCCCGAUCUUAAGUUGCUUAAGGAUGUAAAGAUUAGCGUUAACUUUACAGAGAGCUGCAAAAGUAAAGACAGAAAAGUGCUAUACACUGGAGCUGAGCCAGAUUAUGAGGCAGGGGCAGAUUUAGGGAUUCGCGGUGUCAAUGGGGAUGUGCAUGCUUGCCCUCUCGGUGGGGGUAGUAGUGGCGGCCUGGCAGCUCAGGUAGCCGGUGAAAAGGAGGAGACCAAGGAUGAGGACAAUGGGGUAGAUCAGGAAAAGCGAGUGGAAUAUGCAGUGUUGGAUGAUUUAGAAGAUUUUACAGACAAUUUGAUGGAAAUAGAUGAAGAAGGAGGAGGAGGGUUUGCAUCUAAGGCGAUCGUUCAGCAAGACAAAGUGGACGAAGAAACCUUGCACUAUUCUUACGAGGAUGAAUUUGAUAAUGAUGUGGACGCUCUGCUGGAAGAGGGCCUUUGUGUUCCCAAAAAAAGGAGGAUGGAUGAGAAAUACGCAGGGGAAAGUGACCAUCAGUCGGACGGAGAAACCACCGUACAGCCCAUGAUGACCAAAAUAAAAACUGUUCUUAAAAGUCGUGGUCGCCCUCCUACAGAACCAUUGCCUGAUGGAUGGAUCAUGACAUUCCACAACUCAGGCAUCCCAGUGUACCUCCACAGAGAGUCUCGUGUGGUCACCUGGUCCAGACCUUAUUUCUUGGGAACAGGAAGCAUCAGGAAACACGACCCUCCUCUGAGUAGCAUUCCUUGUUUGCAUUAUAAAAAAAUGAAAGACAACGAGGAAAGGGAACAAAGCAAUGACAUCACCCCAAACAGGGAGGUUUCCCCUGUAAAGCUGACGGAAAAAUCCCUGGAACUGGAUUGUCAAACGGAGGAGCCAGACUCUACGGCAGCCGAUUCCGGAACGUUGGAUGAGAAAGAUCCGUCUGGGGGAGAUGCAGCCCAAGGAGCUUUGGGACAAGUGAAGGCCAAAGUCGAAGUGUGCAAAGAUGAAUCAAUAGAUAUUGAGGAUUUCCGACACUAUCUGGAAAAAUGUUUCGAUUUCGAGCAAGUCACGGUGAAGAAGUUCCGAACGUGGGCGGAGAGGCGGCAGUUCAACCGGGAGAUGAAGAGGAAGCAGGCAGAGUCUGAGAGGCCCAUUUUGCCAGCCAAUCAGAAACUCAUUACGUUGUCUGUCCAAGAUGCGCCCACAAAGAAAGAGUUUGUUAUUAAUCCCAAUGGGAAGUCUGAAGUUUGUAUCCUUCAUGAAUAUAUGCAACGAGUGCUGAAAGUACGGCCUGUUUACAAUUUCUUUGAAUGUGAGAACCCAAGUGAGCCUUUUGGAGCAUCAGUUAUUAUUGAUGGAGUGACUUACGGAGCAGGGACUGCCAGUAGCAAAAAACUUGCCAAGAAUAAAGCUGCCCGAGCUACUUUGGAAAUCCUCAUCCCUGAUUUUGUGAAGCAAACCUCUGAGGAGAAGCCCAAAGAUAGUGAGGAAUUAGAGUAUUUUAACCAUAUCAGUAUCGAGGAUUCACGGGUGUACGAACUGACGAGUAAAGCUGGACUCCUGUCUCCAUAUCAGAUCCUUCACGAGUGCCUUAAAAGAAAUCAUGGCAUGGGUGAUACAUCCAUAAAAUUUGAAGUGAUUCCUGGCAAAAAUCAGAAGAGCGAAUAUGUUAUGACUUGUGGGAAGCAUACUGUGCGGGGGUGGUGUAAGAACAAAAGAGUUGGAAAGCAACUGGCUUCCCAGAAAAUCCUUCAGCUGCUUCACCCACAUGUGAAAAACUGGGGUUCUUUAUUGCGCAUGUACGGCAGAGAAAACAGUAAGAUGGUUAAGCAGGAAACCUCCGACAAAAGCGUGAUAGAACUUCAGCAGUAUGCCAAAAAAAACAAGCCCAAUCUGCACAUUCUGAACAAGUUACAAGAGGAAAUGAGAAAAUUAGCACAAGAAAGGGAGGAAACACGAAAGAAACCCAAGAUCACAAUUGUAGAGUCUGCUCAGCCUGGCAGUGAGCCUCUCUGUACUGUGGAUGUGUAAUGAGAGAGAUUCGGAAUUGGAGCAAUAAAACAAGUGGCGAAAGUUA